AAAGAUAUGCUCGGAGGAUUUGCGCCCUGCUUCCAGCAUUUUUUUCGUAAAAUAGUGAAUUAGUGGUUAAUUGCCUUUAUUAUUCAUUUUUAACUUUCCUUUAGCUAGUAAGAAGUAAUAAGAGUGUGAAAAUACAUUCAAAUUAAUAGUCACUUGGGCUUGAUCUGCAACAUAUCGAUUCGGCGUAUAUAACGUACAAAGCUAGGUUAUAAUUAGAUUUUCGGCAUUUUCCACUAGUGUUAAUUUGAAAUGGAAAGCAUGGAUGUCGCUCAAGAAGGUACCUCGGCAGCGUCUACGCCCGUCGUGGAAAACGGGCCCGACAAGAAUGUAACGGCGGAGGAAAUGACUUCAAGAGACUACUAUUUUGACUCGUAUGCUCAUUUCGGUAUUCACGAGGAGAUGUUAAAGGAUGAAGUUCGCACACUCACGUAUAGGAAUGCUAUGUACCACAAUAAACACUUAUUUAAGGGAAAAAUAGUGUUAGACAUAGGCUGCGGCACGGGCAUCCUGUCGAUGUUCGCCGCCAAAGCUGGGGCAGCUAAGGUGAUCGCCGUGGAGUGCUCCAACAUCGUGGACUACGCGCGCAAGAUCGUUGAGGCCAACCGGCUCGAUGACGUCAUCGAGAUCAUCAAGGGCAAGGUGGAGGAGAUUGAACUGCCGGUUGAGAAAGUGGACAUCAUCAUCUCCGAAUGGAUGGGCUACUGCCUGUUCUACGAGAGCAUGUUGGACACAGUGCUGUUCGCUCGCGACAAGUGGCUGCAGCCUGAUGGCAUGCUGUUUCCGGACAGAUGCACACUGUUCAUCUGCGGCAUUGAGGACCGUCAGUACAAGGACGAGAAGAUCAACUGGUGGGAUGAUGUGUAUGGCUUUGACAUGUCUUCCAUCCGCAAGGUGGCCAUCUCCGAGCCACUGGUUGAUGUAGUAGACGCGAAACAGGUAGUUACGAAUUCCUGUCUGCUGAAGGAAAUAGAUCUUUACACGGUCAAGAAAGAAGAUCUCAACUUUGAAUCCAAAUUCCAUUUGCAAGUCCGCCGCAACGACUUCAUCCAGGCGCUAGUGACGUUCUUCAACGUGGAGUUCACGAAGUCUCACAAGCGCCUCGGGUUCAGCACGGCGCCCGAAGCCCCUUACACCCAUUGGAAGCAGACCGUCUUCUACUUCGACGAGUACAUGACUGUAAAGAAGCAGGAAGAGAUAACGGGCACAUUCUCGAUGCGGCAGAACGCGCGCAACAACCGCGAUCUCGACUUCGAGAUCGAGAUCGACUUCAAGGGCGAGCUGUGCCAGGUGCAAGAGAAGAACCACUACAGGAUGCGUUGAGCGCCAACAGAGGUUUCUAUACGUGUAGCUCUGGUUUUUAUACUACAUUUUAUGCUUAGCUAUGUAAUAUGGCUGUAAAGCCUUGCGGUUGUAACCAAUAUGACUAUUAUUCAGUAGUACGCAGGCACCUUCUGCACGAACUGUAAGCACAUUUAUAGUAAAAAAAAGUAUAUCUGAUCAAGGGUAAUCCUAUAUAGACCACACCCACACCCUUCUGCCAAAAAGAUUUUAAUAAAUUAAUAAAUAACUAAAAAUCCAGAAAAAAUCUUUACAACAGCAUGGCUGUUCCAUUUUAGUUGAUAUACCUACACAUAGAUUUUUUUUAUUUUUGCAAAUAUUUAGUUUCUUUUCUAUUAAAUCAGUUAGCUUCAAUGAGAAUAAAGUGUUAAAAAAUCAAAGCUACAUUGAUAGAAACGAAUGGACAUGUCCCAGUGUUCUACCGUCUUAUUUUUGAGAUAAGCUUAGUGAUUGUAUCAUAAGUAUUGGAGCAUACAUGCCAAAACUUUGUUCAACUAUUCUAAGUAAUCAGAAUUUUUCUUUAUUUUCAUCUAUUCUUAUUACUGAGACUUGAUAAGUAAAAACUUAAGAAAUGAGGCGUUUUUCAUGUUUUAAUAUGGCACAAAAUUAUUUUGUUUUAGAUUCGCUAGCAUUGUGUUUUAUCGGGAAGAAAAUGUUUGGAUAUUUAUUUUGUGCCUUUACAAGUGUACACUGCCAUUAAAUGACACUUAUUUCCUUUUAGUAUAAAAAAAUUAUGAGUGGCAACUAUUUUUUUUCGCAUGUGUUGCAUAACGCCUUUUUUCUUAAGUUAUUUUACUCGUAAUACACAUUGAGAAAUGCUUUGGGUAUAAAACGA